CUCCCCCGGAUAGAAAAUGGCGGCUCCCGGCGUUGCUGUAGUUCCCGGUCUUACCCGAGCCGCCUCUUCCACAUCCCCGCGCCUUGCAACUGAGGCGCCGCUGGCUCUGGAUCGUGAUGGCGGCAUGAGGCCCCGGCGGAGCGGGCCGGUAGCGGCCUGCCCCUCAGUGUCUGUGGUGUUCCCGGGCCCUGUGAGCCGGGAGAGCUGCUGCCGCUUCGCCUGCGAGCUCCUCAAGCACGUCCUGCACCAGCGGCACCAGCUCCCGCUGCCCUACGAGCAGCUCGCUUACUUCUGCCGGCGGGCGGUGCAGGAUGGAGAUGUGAUUAAGAAGCCACCCUCCAUGGACCUGGCAAGCAAGAAGUGCCAACAGGUGCUGAUGGAGCUGGAGGGAGUGUUCCAGCACUUGGAAGUAAUGUUUAGUUUGACACCAGUUCCUCGAGUACUCAUUCUACUUGGAGGCAAUGUCAUGAGCCCCAAGGAGCUCUAUGAGCUCAACUUGGAGGGUAUUUGUGAGGGCAGUGCUGAGGAGAGCCUGAAAACCACAUCCUGUGUUCGCAAGCUCUUUCACUCACUCUUUGUUGCAGAUGUCUUCAGUGAACUUAAGGCUCUCCCUGUCACAGACACUGUUGUUAUGCUCCAAGGACACCGCGAUUGUGGUGUUGAUUGGUUCCGGCCCAAGCUCAACUAUAAAGUGCCGACCAGAGGAAGGAAACUAACUGUUAACUUGUCCUGUGGUGGAGACAUCAACAUAAGUUCCUCGCCUCCUCAGCAUAUGACUUCUACUUGGGAGGACUAUAUAUGGUUUCAAGCACCUGUGGUGCUCAAAGGCUUUCGUGACUGACCCGUGCUUUGUAGAACUUUUAAUGGAAUAUUGAAUAACCUUUGGUGCUGCUUUAAAUGAUAAUAACUAUCAAAUGUAACGAUGUAUUCUUGUCUGUCUGGAUCCCUUCUCCAGGGCAUCUACUGCCUUACUCUAGCUUAACUGUGUUCAUCUGUCUUCACUUCCUGAAUUGUUGUUGAAAGCAAAUACCCUUUAAGACACAGUUGCAUGCAGAUACAGGGAUUCUUUAGGGACCUGAGUUGUGCCAGAGGAGGUGUAUUAGUCUGGUGGGAGUAAAACUUUUUUGCCAUAUAUUUACUGAAUUGGCUAAUACUGGAUAUGGUGGUGUCUCUCACGAGUUUUAAUGUGGCCAUUUCUCUGGUAAUAAUUGGCUGAUAGUUUGGGACUCUAGGUAAUAUAUGUGAUUAUUAAUAUACUUUGCCUUCACUAUAAAGGCAAUAACCAUUCUUACCUACCCUCUUCCUGUAAAAGGAGACCUUUACCUUCAGUCUGAUCAGGCUUGAGUACUCAAGUGUUUGCCUGUGUGUUUGAUAAAAUUAGCCUUCCUUAUAACUCAAUUUCAGUUACUUAAUAAUCCAAAGAGUGGCACUUCUCAGCAAUUGGGAGGUCUUGUACUGGUGGUGAAAAGAGGUUGAGCAGUCCUGUGGAAGCAGGGAAGCACAUUUUCCUUUUUUUUUUGUUUUUUGUUACAAAUCAUUAGCUCAACAGUCCUGACAAUCACUUAGAUAUACAGUUAAAAGUAAGCAGUUUUUGCUCUAACACUCUUCAGAGCAAGUUAGGACUUCUGCCCCUACAGGCUAGUUUAUUCUCACAUAAAACAACAACAACAGUUAUGUUCCUGCUUACUUUUACAUCUCAGAAGUCUUAGACUAAAUGUUUCUGAAAUGUAAAGAAGAGAUGAGGGGAAUGCGAUCAAGUUCAGCACUAUCUUUACUUGUCAAAUUUCUGUUGUAAAUCAGAAAGUAUUACUUGGAAGCAGAACUUGAGCCCUUUCUUUUGGCCUGGUGUCUAGUGCAGAAUGGGACAGAGAGGGUGGGAGAGGAACUUCUAGAGCACAGUGUGUCAGAGCUGGGUACCUGCUGGAGUAAUCUUCAGUCAGCUGGGUAUGUAUUGGUAAUAUAAUGAGGUUAAUAGCUCUAAAUAGUUCUAUCCCCUUUGAAGAGAAACUUGAGCCUACUAGUAGUGAGGUUGCUUGCGGUUUUGUGCUAGCAAAAAUUGCACGAUGGGGUGGUAAAAAUAAUUUGAAAGGAGGGUAAAGGUUGAAGUAACGCUCUAAACUUGGUGCAUAUUUUAACUUUGACCUUUUGGAAUGGAAUGAGGUUAUAGAACUAGGAGGAAAUUAAGCUGAUAUUUUUGAGUUUGGCAAACACUAGGGAGUGCUGUCUCUGCCUUAUUAUCUAUUGACAACUGUUGACAAUAGUAGUCAUAACAGCUAAAACUAGCUGUAGAUCAAAAACUGCUAGGAUGAAGAAAGCUGCCUUAUGUGCAGCUGCCCACUUGAAUAUGUAAUUGCAGGACUCUUGAAUGAAAUAUAACUUGAACCUAGGAGUGUUUGUGCUCAGGAGAUCAAAUCCCUUUACACUGCCACCAAAGCUGCUUGUAAUGCAUAUUUAAGAAUGCUAACACUCAAGUAUUUAAAGAAGCUUUUGAACAGAAGCCUUAGUUCUGAGGAACAAGGGGCCAGUUCCUUUCUACUCUUCCCCAAAUGAGUGCAAUGUUACUGCAUUAAACUGUUUACAUAUUCUCUUAUACUUGAACUAUGAAUACAGCAAUGAUAUGGUG